AUGGAUCCCCCUAAAAAAUCUAGCAAGACGAGGCAUCUGUCUGAAGCCGAGGAAGAAUCGGAGAACUAUUUGGAAAACUUUUACAAUAAAAAUGAGAGAAGUAAUCGGAGAGUUAGUUUUGUACAGAGAGGAGCUAUGAAUCAGGCUCAAUUUGACGAGAAGUUUGACUACAACAAGCCGCAUAUGGAGAACCUUGUGAAGAAACAAACCAGAAAAUUCGUUUCUAGGUUCUACGAACCAUUCUUGUCUUGCAAUGCGUUCAAAAAUUUCCUUUUCGACCUAAUUCCAAUUCUCAAAUGGCUCCCCGAGUAUCGAUGGAAAACAGAUUUGACCCCAGACAUCAUCGGAGGGCUUACGGUCGGAGUGAUGCAAAUUCCACAAGGAAUCGCUUACGCUCUUCUUGCGAGACAACCAGCUAUUAACGGGCUCUAUGCUUCUCUCUUUCCACCUCUUAUCUAUAUGCUCUUCGGAACUUCCAAGCAAUCUAGCCUAGGAACUUUUGCUGUGGUCGCUCUUAUGACUGGUAUUUCCGUUGAGAGCUUGACAGCACCGGAGGAAACUGCUUUCAAUGCGACGGAUGUAUUGGAUCCGGCAGAGGUUAUCAAAGAGUAUCCGACCGCAACGGAAGUAUCAUGUGCCAUAACAAUUCUCAUGGGAUUGAUAUUGUUCCUGAUGGGUGUCCUUCGUCUACACUUCCUAACCACGUACCUUUCUGAUCAAGUCAUCGCUGGCUUCACAGUUGGAUCCUCCAUUCAUGUGUUUGUGUCUCAAUUGAAAACUCUUCUCGGAAUCAGAAGACUUACACGUCACAGUGGAGCAUUUUAUCUGUUCCGACACUUGUAUGACUUGGUUCUGGCUCUUCCUAGAUUCAAUCCUGUCAGUUUGGGAAUCUCUGUGGGAUCUUUGAUUAUUUUAUACAUUGGAAGAGAAUUUGUGAAUCCAUUCAUCAAGAAAAAGACAAAAUCGAACAUUCCUAUUCCAUGGGAGCUUGUUGUCGUCAUUGUGUCAACUGCUUUUGUGUAUUUUUCUGGGGUCAAUGCUUCCUCGGCAGUGCAAAUUGUGAAUAAGAUUCCUGUUGGAGUUCCAGAGUUUGCAGUUCCUAGGUUUGACAUCUUCAAACAUGUGUUUAGUGAUGCAAUCAGUAUCACAAUUGUCAGUGUUUCCGUAUGGUUGUCUAUCAGUAAAAUGUUAGCCAAGAAAAAUAAUUAUCAAUUGGAUGCCGGACAGGAAUUAUUUGCCCUCUCGUUCACGAGUAUUGCUUCCAGUUUCAUUCCAACUAUUCCAAUUUCUUGUUCUCUGAGUAGAACUCUAGUAGCUGUUGGAGCUGGAUGUGUGACUCAACUAUCGAUUUUAUUCUCUUCAAUUCUUGUUUUUCUGGUUGUUUUCUUUCUUGGAUCUCUAUUAGAGACACUGCCGAUGGCUGCUCUUUCUGCGAUCAUUUGUUUCGCCUUACAAGGAAUGUUCAAAAAAUUCUACGAUCUAGGACAGCUAUGGAAGGUUUCGAAGAUUGAUUUUACAAUUUGGGUGGUUUCCUGUGGGUCUACAGUGAUUCUUGAUGUAUCCAUUGGAUUGAUCAUAUCGGUCUUUUUUGCCCUGUUCACAACAAUUCUUCGGGAACAAUAUCCGAAAUGGCAUAUCCUUGCAUCUGUGAAAGGAACUCAAGACUUCAAGGAUUCUGAGAGAUAUGGUGAUUCAAUGUAUUUCAAGGGAAUCUGUAUUUUCCGUUUUGAUGCUCCUUUGUUAUUUCAUAAUGUCGAGUGUUUCAAAAAAUCUGUCGAUAAAGCAUACCUAGAGUGGCAGAAAUCCCACGAAUUCUACGUUCUUCGCGAGGAACGAGAUACAAUUUUGAAUCAUAAAAUGGAUGGGUCGGAUGAGUCUUCGGAUGGGAAAACGGUUCACACUAUGAACACCAUGUCCGCUGAUAUUUUAUCUCGGCACUUUGUCAUUGACUGCUCUGGAUUCACUUUUAUCGAUUUGAUGGGUGUUAGUGCUCUGAAAGAAAUUUUCUCUGAUUUGAGAAAACGAGGAAUUCUGGUAUACUUUGCAAAUGCAAAAGCACCUGUUCGUGAAAUGUUCGACAAGUGUGACUUCUUCAAAUUCGUACCGAAAGAGAACUUUUAUCCAACAAUGCGAGAUGCAACAAGUAUUGCGAGACAACGUCAAUUAGAACUGGGAUUCAAAGACACAACUUAUGUUCCGGAACAUGACCGACUCACAGAAGUUUUGAGUUCGCACCCGAUGUGA